ACACACAACCGCUAACACACAAAAAAAAUCAAAGAGUUUUUAUUUUUUUUUUCAAUUAAAUAAAUCCUUUCUUGUUUCUUCGGAAAAAAAAAAGAAAAAAGAAACUGGAUUUUUUAAAUGUGAUCAUCCCGUCGUCAGUGCCUGUGUUUUUUUUUUCUACAAACCUCAAUUGUUUCCACUUCCGCCGAGUGCGAAAUCGAUUGUUUUUAAAACGAAAAAAAAAUUAAAUUAAGUCACAUCAUCAUCGGCAUCUGUCGGUUAUAUUGUCAUUACAGUUGAGCGUUUGUUUGGACUGCGUCAGGUGGCCAAUGUGUCAAAAAUAACAACCGACAAGAAGAAGCGACUUGGACGAAUUCUAUUUAUUUUCAUUUUUUUUUUUUUUUAAAGAUUUUUCCAUCAAUUGUCGCCUUAGUGCGUCCGUUGUGUUUGUGUUUUCUGUGCGAGCCCGUGAGACGCCUUUUCGCAGUUCUCGAACGCCCCCCUGAAAUGGAAAUUGCUUGACGACCACGACGAAAUUUUCUUUUUUAUUUAAAUAACUCAAGAAAAAAAAACCAAAAAAAAUACGGAUUAGAGAAGCAGAAAAAUAAGGAGGAAUAGAAACAAAAAAGAAAAAGUGAGUGAAAUGAAUCCGGAGAGAGCCGUCGCCGUCCAGUGAGUCUUCUGUGCAUCAGCCGGAUUGGAAAACGAUCAAAGAGAAAUUCAAAAUUCAAAGCAAAAGAUGAUGAUGAUGAUGGAGGAAAGCAGUAGCAUCAAAUCAGCCGGAUCGUCGAUGGCGUUGGCGGCUGUAAGUGAAGCGGCUGCAGGUGCGUUAGAGACUCAUCACGAGGCCGUCAGUCCCACCACUGUGUCUGUCCGCAUUUACGUGCCCGAACUCAACGUCCAGAAGGUGAUCCACUUCCAUCGCGAAGAGCUCGUCUGGAAUGUCAAACAGCAAUGUUUGGCAAGUCUUCCAAAAGAGCUGAAGGAAAGUUUCAACUAUGGACUGUUCUAUCCACCGUCAAAUGGACGUGCUGGCAAAUUUCUGGACGAAGAACGUCCGCUGUCCGAUUAUCCAUUCAACGGACCUGGCGGCUAUCUCGAGUUGAAGUACAAGAGACGUGUGUACAAGAUGCUGCAUCUGGAUGAGAAACAAUUGCGUUCGUUGCACACGCGCGUCAACCUGCGUCGAUUCUUCGACUACGUGACCAGUGGCCAAACAGAGAAGAUUACGAAAAUGUGUGCCAAAGGGCUGGAUCCCAACAUUCAUUGUCAGGAGACAGGCGAAACUCCUCUGACGUUGGCUGCAGUUUCAUCUCGCCCUGGGCCACUACUUCUUGCCCUGGUUGGUGGCGGUGCAUUGAUCGAUUACCGAACAAAAUGCGGAUCGACUGCUUUGCACAGGGCAUCUGAGAAGAGUAGCAUAGAAGCUGUCAGAACACUCCUGGACUUGGGGGCCUCCCCUAAUGUCCGUGAUGCCAAAGGUCUAACUCCUCUGUGGACUGCCGUCUCAGCAAAAGCCUCUCCAAUGCUAUGCCAGGCUCUCCUCCAUGACUACUCCAUCCAUGGUGUCCAAGAUGCUCAGGGUUGGCAUGAAGUCCACCAGGCCUGUCGUAAUGGACUUGUGCAACAUUUGGAGAACCUGCUGUUUUACGGAGCCGACAUGAACGCUAAGAAUGCAUCAGGCAACACGCCCCUGCACGUUUGCGCUGUGGACAAUCAGGAAGCGUGCGCACGGCUGCUGCUCUUCCGGGGGGCCGAUCGCGAAGCACUUAACUACGCCAAUCAGACACCCUACCAGGUGGCGGUAAUUGCCGGCAACCUGGAGUUAGCCUCUCUCAUCCAUCGGUUUAGAAGCGAGGAUGUCGUGGCAUUCAAAGAAACUCCAUCGUUCAACCCCCGUCGGCGAAAGUCUGGUGUAAUGCUGUCAAUGAGGCAUUCCAUAUCGUCCAACGCUAUGAUGCUGGAUGCCUCUUCCAUCGCUUCCUCUUCAACAACCGGUUCGAGCAGCACGCCUAGCCCAACGUUGGUGUACAACUCGUUGGCCAGCAGAUCGAUGAGCCGCCGCCAGCAGCCAUCGCCGUCACCUUCCAACACCGACCGUUGGCUGGAAUCGAAUCCCAUGUGUAUGAGUACCGUGUCUGUACGCAGCGAUACGGGCAGCUCCUCGUCUUGCACGGCUGAAAGCGAGGACAACGGCAGCAGUUUGACUGACAAAAUCAGCGUUGAUCAAUGCGACAUUGUCAGUGAUAGCUCGGGUGUUGGCACAUCCAACAGUGGAAGCGGAGGAAGCUAUGAUGCAAACACACCGUCGGAGCACUCUCUGGUCCUGCCCGGUAUGACAGUCGUCUGUACAGAGGCGUACAGUUGCAAAGAAGCCAACCAUCUUAAUCUGCAACCAGGAGACAUUAUUGAAGUGACGGGAUCAACGGACUGUGGGCUGUUGGAAGGCUGGCUAAGGGGAGACAGUGGCUACUUUCCUCCCAGUUGCGUUCAAGAAGUCAGAUUGCGCAAUCCGGCAGCUAUUGCUGCAGCUCGACAUCAUCCCAGUCCGGCUGUUAUCUCCAAAACCAAUUCUGGUGUGCCAAAUAUGGGCAUGACCCUUCCAGUUCCGGUUCCCAUUUUGCAACUGGGCAAGACGAUGGAAGCAAGGGCUGCUGGACGUAGAGAAAUGACUGCACAAAACUACGGAACAACUCCGCGUAUGAAAUCUCUGUACAGUGAGCCACGAACUGUUAUACUUCAUAAGGGCCAGCGAGGCUUUGGUUUCGUCUUGCGUGGCGCCAAAACAAUGACAGGCAUGAAGGACCUAAACCCUGUUCAGAAUCGAGUUCCGGCUUUACAAUAUUUGGAUAGCGUCGAAUCCGGCAGCGUAGCCGAUCGAGCUGGUCUUCAGCCCGGUGAUUUCAUCCUUGCUAUUAACGGCGAAGAUCUGGCUAAAGCUUCGCACGAGACCGUGGUCGAUUGCAUCCGGCGUUCUGGUAAUUUAGUUCAGCUGACUAUCUGCUCUGCCACCGGCCAAACUGUCAACCAGUCAGUCAGCCAAUCAAUCAGUGAAUACGCCCUAACAGGACAUAGCAAUAGUCGACAGUAUUCAACACUUCCUAGGAAGCUACCCGGCCGACCUCCACAACCACCAAAACGAGAUCCGAGAACUACUUUAAGUGUUGGUCGCGCCCGCGCCCGUUCAAUGGUCGUUGCACUCAACGAUAUGGAAACAUCGCAAUCGAGCACUGAAGCAGCUGAGGAGAUCUAUUCCAAUUCUUCGUCAUCAAGGACGGCUUCCAUUCGUUCACGUUCAGGUUCUGGAAGAGUUUCCACCACUGAUCUUGAGAGAUUGUCCAUCCCCACAGCUGUUGUUCCUCCUGCGCCGCCAUCAGAAUCUAACAGAUCGCCCCGUGUGUACGCCAGUGUGGCGGAAAUGAAACGCAUGAGAAAGCUGAAGAGUUCGGCGGAAUUGUUGAAAUUACACAAAGAAUUUCACAGCACACCGGAAUUGUGCUGGGAACAACAGCAAAACGGUGAAGUAAUGACGUCUUCUUGGACAGCGGACGUGGAAAUUUCACAGGAUGUUCAAUCAGCAGAGGAUUGGCGAAAAUGUCAGAGCCAGGAAAACGUUUACGGCAUGGAAUUGCAAGCGCAUAAUCAACGCAACUCGCGUCGUUCCUGGGCUGCGAACAAUAUAAAGCCAGGAGGUCCACGCCAUUCCGGUGUACGUUAUCAUGGCUCCUGGCAAAACAUCGAGGACUCGUAUCAUCAGUCAGAAGAUGACGACGACGGUGACGAGACGGAAGAAGAGGACGAUGGCGAGGAAGAAGCUGAAGACGCAACCACACCCAUCGCCGAUCAGCUAAAUUUGUUGGGGAAUCGAGAUUACCGUGCUGUAAAGGCGUGCAGGCCGGUUUACUCCACCGGAAAUUGCAACACCCUACCCAAACGAGCUGGCAGCCCACAUUGUACCGCCCCCCCACCGGAUCACCCGCCACCUCCUCCACCUCCCCCUUCGCAGGUCGUCAGAGUUGACGUAACCAAGUCGCAUAGCGAGUACGCUGCCGUCGCUGCAGCGGGUGGCGACCGUCCUACAACUCCAGUCAUGUCCAGCUUCCGGCCUAGUGACAAUGCCAAGCUUUAUGCGUUGCCGGAAGACUUGAAAAAUGUCGGCUACAUGACACUCCGUCCGAUAGGGUCGAAAAAAAUAGCUACCGUCUCAACAAUCACAGGAUCUCCUCCAUCGUCCGCAGCAUCUAGAUCUAAGAGCUUGCCCCCUCGCAGUUCCCGGCCGAAUGUCCAGGUGAAGCAGCCGACGAAAAACGAAGAGCCACGCGUCAGCGUGACUGUCAAUUCGACGCCGCUUAUUCCUGAUCCUGACUACGACAGCGAGGAAGAAGCCCACCAGAACGGCAUCCUGGCACAAGGCAAAGCGUCGUGCUGCGUGGUGGUGGGACACGAAUCUUGCGACAGCGAGCCGCGAACGAAAUUACUGAUUGAAAUCAAGCAACAACCUCCACAGAAGCAACAUCGGGUCGAAGUUGACGGAAGAAAGUUGGAAGGAGGAAACCGAGGAAGUCUACCGAAAUCUCAAAGCUUCUGCGCUGAUUUACUGAAGGCAAAAUCUUUGUUGAAAAAUUCGCAGUCGUAUCCUGAAGAGCUGAGCGAUUGCCAACUUAUUCAGGAUUCGUAUCCGGAAGACGCUUACGUCACUUUUGUACCGGUGAACGGCAGCAGUCAGUCGGACGAGGCGCAAUACGGGCACAGUAAAAACGGACGCCGAACAGGGACGCUCACUCGCCACGCAGUGUCUUUGAUUCAGCUGCCACCACCGGUUGAAAACGGAGAGAUGGACGCCGAUGACAGGUUGCAGUCUAAUCACCAGUCAGAGGUGGCCGUGGAACAGGAUUCGGUCAGCACGAUAUCGACGCUGAGUUCACUGUCGACCAGCACCAACUCGUCGGAAAGAGACGAUGCUACGAUACUAGAAAAUCAUAAACCGGUCAAGAAGAUCAACAGGCAAUGGCGAGAGGCGUCGGCGGGUGGCCCGUCUGAACAUCAACCGGUGGUGACCGAUGGCGAGAGGACAAUCGAAGAGAGUCUACAACUGAUCAGGAAGCACGUCGAUGAAUUGAGCGGAAUGAAUCGGUCACCUGCGAAGAAGACUGCACCCGUCGUCCCUCCACCUCCGCAGUUCAUCGAAGCGGUGGUUUCCACGGACAAUGAAGACUCGUUUCUCGCUCCUCCACCACCCGAAUUUUCAGAUGCUGUAACGAUGACGACGACGACGACGCACAAAUCCGGUCAGCGUCAAUUACCGAAAUCGAUGAGCUCGGGUCAACUGCGAGACGCAUUGGGAGAUGGCAGCGACGAUGCGGUGCCAAUCUCGUUCUCAUCGCACUUUCUCAAUCGCCGAAUGGUUGAACGCCGCUUGAGUGAUGACGCUUUAAGCAGCAGCAGCAGCAGCAGCAAUAAACCGCCCACCGUUCGAGUAGUUGGUACCGUUCCCAAGAAAGUGUCUUUCAGUCCGGACGUCAUCGAGGCCGAAACGACCCGUGCUGGCCAUCAAGAAAUGGUGGCGACCACUCGAAAAUUUCCACACAAGCCCAUGCACGAGUGGACUGUCCACGACACGGCAGACUGGCUGGACAGCAUCUUCCUCAACGAAUACAAGAGCAUAUUUAUGAAGAGAAACAUGGACGGCCCCAGUUUGAUGCAGAUUAACAACGAAACCCUUAUGAGUAUGGGAAUCAAGCGUUUAGGGCACAGGUUGAAUAUUGAAAAAUCGUUGAAACAUUACGCUCGUGAUCCGAGGAAUUGAGGCAAAGAGUUUUAUUCCUCAAUAAGGCGUAGGGAAUGGGCGGGGAAAAAAUAAAAGUAUUCUUAUUUCUUGGGAGUGCAUACAGUUGAGACAGAAGCCUGGAAAGCAUGAAAAUGAUUAGGGCAAUAGCAACUGAAAGGGAAGUUGAAAAAAAAGAAUCAAGAAAAAUCGAGUCAUAUAUAUCUAUGUAUAAUUUUGUAAAACAAUUUUAGAGUCUUUUUGUCUCUCUCUUUCUUCUAUAUUUCUCCCGGUUUCAUCGCAGUACAUACCUGAGCUUUGGUACCAGAUGAUGUAGACUUGUAUCCCAGUUUUCUUUACCAUUUUCUCCAUCACUUUUCUUCCGCCACGUGUGUUGUAUUUAUACAGUUACAUUUAACCUUUUAGAUUUAUCCUAUAUCCCACAGUAUAUAUAUAUAUACGCCCAUUACAGUUCAUCUAAUAACCACUUAAGAGCGAGAACGCCAUUUAUUCAUCCUCCUUUCUUCCAGUUUAAUUAUAGCGCAUCUUUCUCCUGUCGUCAUCCGUCAGUUAAAAAAAACAAACAAACAAAAAAACAAGUAAUUUCUGAAGAGGUCUCUACUUCGUCGGUAUUUCCCUUCCUUUCUUGGAUCAAGCUCAAGUGUAUGAACCGAGUGUUUCCCCAUCAUACAUAUAAUUCAUGUUCGUCAAACCGUUUAAUAAAAUUUCAUGCUCGCA